AGCCAACCUUGAUCAACUCAUUCAUCUUGACCAAGAAACCAAGUUCACUAGCACCACUACAAGCACACCUCCAACCUCCACAACAAUGGCCACCAAGGUCGCCAUCGUAGAAGAGAAAAAAUCAGACGAAGGUCCCCAGAUACCAAUCAUUGACAUCAAAGGGCUCGAUAGUAACGACGAGGCUGUGCGCAAGAGGUGCGUCAAGCAGAUGCACGACGCCGCUGUGAACUGGGGAGUCAUGCACAUUGUUGGACAUGGGAUUCCGGCGAAGCUUGACAAGCUCCGUGAGGUUGGGACACAGUUCUUUGAUUUGCUUGUCAAGGAGAAGGAGAAGUACGCAAAGGAUCAGCCCUCUGGGAUGAUACAAGGGUGUGGUAGCAAGCUCGCUAACAGUGCUUCUGAGAUGGUCUGUCACCUUAUGUUUCCUGAGAAUCAGACUGAUUUGUCCAUUUGGCCUCGUAAGCCUUCCAAUUAUGUUGAUGUAACAAAAGAGUUUGGCCAAAAUCUCCGGGUGAUGGCGACAAAGAUAUUCACUCUCCUCUCCCUCGGUCUCGGUCUCCCGGCCGAGAAGCUGGAGACCGAAGCCGGCGGCAUGGAGAACAUCCUGUUCCAGAUGAAAAUAAACCACUACCCCAAGUGUCCCCAACCCAAACAGGCCCUCGGCGUUGAAGCCGACACAGACGUCAACUACCUCACCUUCAUCUUACACAACAACGUCCCCGGCCUCCAGGUCUACUACCUCGGCAAGUGGGUCACGGCCAAGAACGUGCCGGACUCCAUCAUCGUCCGCAUUGGUGAUUCGCUCGAGAUCCUCAGCAAUGGCCUGUUCAAGAGCGUACUCCAUCGUGGGCUUGUUAAUAAGGAGAAGGUGAGGAUCUCUUGGACUAUCUCUGCUGAGCCACACAAGGACAAGGUGCUGCUGCGCCCGUUGCCGAAGCUUGUGACCAAGGCCUCCCCGCCCAAGUUCGGGCUCUGCACGUUUGCGCAGCUUGUGCGGAAGAAGGACUCGAAGAUAAAGGAUAAGGAAUCACCUGCUCCUGCUGCUGCUGCUAAGUGAUCCACUGGGUUGGGGUUCAUAUAUAAUAAUUUAAGUGAGUUCAGAACAUCAGAAUAAACUAUAACGUUUGGACAAUUGGACAAAUUGGCCAAACAGUUUCAUUGAAUAAAUUAAUCUUUGUGUUGAUUUUGUUGAAGGACUAGCUCCAGCUAGUUUUAUAUGAAUAAAAUUAUUAAUGGAUUGAUCUUUAACAA